UACCGCACGCGCUAGAGGGCGACUUAUUAGAUUUAUGCAACAUUCAAAAUUUUAUUUCUUAUUCAACAAUUUGUAUGUUUUUAUUUAUAACUUGUAUUUUUGUUUAUUCACAAUUCUUAAUUAAGAUUUUUUCAGAUUAUCGCUAGCAAAAUGGCUCAUUCAAAAUCAGCUGACUUUGGUCGAUGGGAACAGCACACUAAAGGUAUUGGAUCGAAAUUAUUAAUGAAAAUGGGCUACAAACUUGGUGAUGGAUUGGGUAAACACGGCCAAGGUAUAAAGACGCCUAUUAUUCCUGGACAAAAAUCAAAACUUUCAACUCCAAUCGUUGAACCAGAGGUUGAGAAGAAAGAUGAUAGCCUUAAACGGUCUUUACACGCAAAAAAGAAAAAAAUCCAUUCCCUCAAGUUAAGAGAGCAGCGAUUGAUGGAUAGAAUUAAAAGCAAAAAAGAGUCUGGAGAAUUGCUCAAAAAAAAUCUUGCUCGAGUUUUAAACAUCUAUCAUAAUGCUAGUGUAUGUGUAAAAUCCUGGAAGCCAUUGGAAAAUCCUGAUGCACCAUUCGGAUCCUUCAAGGAAUAUCGUACAGUUCUUUUGUCACUCGAUAUAAAAUAUUAUGACAUUCUUAUGUGGGAUAUAUGGCUUCCUAUCGUAGAAAGUGCAAUUUCUGAUUUACCAUCAAUAAGAACGUUUGAUCCUGUUAUAAAUUUAUUAGAAACUUGGAAGGCAUUAUUACAGGAUUGGCUGCUAGAAUAUAUUCUUAACCAAUUGGUUGGCACCCGGUUAAAAGAUGAAAUAAUUCGAUGGGAUCCACUAAAUGAUCCUGUUCCAAUUCAUUUUUGGAUACAUCCUUGGCUUCCAUUGAUGGCUGAUAAGUUAGAACCUAUUUUUGCUCCAUUAAGACAAAAGUUGGCAGCUGCACUAGUACAAUGGCACCCUAAAGAUCGCUCAGCUAAAAUGAUUUUGAAACCUUGGAAGUAUGUGUUUCUGGAGGAUAUUUGGUCAACAUUCUUGCUUAACAAUAUUGUACCAAAAUUAGAAGUUAUUUUACAAAGCUUGGUGAUUAAUCCGCAUCAGCAAAUUUUAGACCUUUGGAACUGGUUCAUUGACUGGGAAGAUAUGUUACCGAUUGAAAUAACUGUAGACCUUUUAGUUCGAAUUUUUUUCCCCAAAUGGUUACAUAUUUUAUAUGAAUGGUUAAGAUGCUCACCUAACUACGAUGAAGUUUCUCGUUGGUAUCUAGGAUGGAAAACGAUGUUCUCGGAUAACCUUCGAAACCAAAUAGCUAUUCAAAAAGCAUUCAAAAAAGCUCUAGAAAUGAUGAACCAUGCAGUUACAGACCCUGGUGGAAUACUGACCUAUCAACAUAAUCUCGACUUUGAUCAACCAAAUGCAACAAAUGUGCCAACUCCAGUCCAAACACUGGAAUACAAAUUAUAUUUAACAUUCGAAGAACUAAUAGAUUUAAAAGCAACAGAGCUAGCUGUUCCAUUUACUCAAUUCCCAAACAGUUCUUAUGAUAACAAGUCUGUCUAUAAAUUUGGAAAAUUUUCGAUUUAUUUCGAAAAUGAUGUGAUAUAUUGCAAGAAUAAUGAUUCUUGGAAUCCCAUUUCAUUGGAAGAUUUAUGUAAUCGUGUAAUUAAUUGUAUAUAAAGAUAAAUUACUCAUCUCAUUGCAA